AUGAAGUCCCAGCAGGACUUGACUCCUCUUGUACCGCAGUUGAAUCUUGUCGAGUCGGACGUGGCAUCGCUUCGAAAAUUAGCGGAUACCUUAGUCGCGCAUAACAUUGAGAGCUACAAUGCGCUACUCGUAUCGUCAAACGGACAUGCAGAUACCCGGCAAUGGAAAGAAGUGCGACGCAAAGAAGGUCUUCACGUGUAUAAAGAGCGGUCCACCGCGUAUGCAACAUCCGGGUCGACCUUACCAUGUCUUCCGUCUUUACUGCUACGUGGGACGGUAGUAGGGAAGCUAGACGACGUCAUGUUUGUAGCAGCAGCAGCUACGGAUGAACAGAUCAAGCUCACGUCCACUUGUCUGCAAGAUGGGCUUCUUGACAGUAAAGUAGUGCAGUCAGUGGUGGCACCAAGCGACGAGCAGCCGUUUCGACACAUUGGGGUGAAAUGGAAACUACAUCAUGCACGAGACUAUGUCUGCAUUGACACAACAGGAAUCGCGACAAGCGGCAGUGGCGAGCAAGUGGGCUUUAGUAUCUCGCACUCAGUCGCGUUUUCACAGAUCCCGAGCUUUGAGAAGUUUGGCGUCGAGCGGGCCAACAUGUCGGUGUGCUGGCUCUUCCGGCAAUCAACACCGGAGACGGUCGAGUGCUACACCCGUGGCUUCUUUGACUUUUGCUGCGAGAGCAACGACCUCUUCGGCAGUUUAUCCAUGACUCAUGUAGCCUCGCACUGGCUGAGCUUUUCGAAUUACAUGGACUGUGCCAAGAUGAAGAAGAUCGUGUGGCGAAUGCGCAAGUUAUCGGGUCUACCGGUCAAUGGUCCGAUGGCCCUCGAGCCAACCGACGAAUCGCCUGAUCUUGCAGUAACUGUGGAUAAGGGAGAGAGCGGAUGCAGCGUUUGCAAGCGCAGUUUUGGCUUUUUGCUACGACGAACCUGCAAGAUCUGUCAGUGCAGCGUGUGCUCGAGCUGCAGCGUCAAGAAGCUCGUGUGUGUGCUGGCACCCGAUCGACGCACCGUGUUGACCAAGAAACGCUCGUUUUGCAUCAUUUGCAUGUGCGAAGUGACCAGGAGCGACGCCUUGGCGAUUGCAAGGGACGAGAUCCGCGAGUUACAGAUCUCUGGAGCAUCAUUCGAGCGCGAACCGCAGGACGACGAGUCAGAAACCUCAUCAGGCGAGCGCCAGCAGAUUUUCACGUUCUAA